UUAAGAGAUAAUGACUGUCCCAAUAAUUUGGAAAAAGUCUUAAAUAAAGUAAGUCUUAGGUAAAAUUGUCCCAAAAAAUAUACAGUAUAAUAAUAAUAAUAACAGAUUACACAACGUGGAGCCUCACCGACUAAAUGAUAACGUCGGCUUUCGCGAAGUGUGAGAUCCCCCCCUCCCCAGCAGCCCCUCUGCUUCUAAUCAGCACGACGUCGCGAGUUUGGCGAACACCAUCUGCCAAAAGCUUGGCCCCAGCCGAGUGAAACUCAACCCAGAUGCCUGCUUGCUUUUUUGGCAGCGCCGAGCGGAACCGCGGUUCCGCCUCCGCCCAACAGGGGGCCCUCUAGCGCAGCGGCAACAACACAACGCGUGGCCCCCGGCGAGAUGGAACGUGACAAAUAUUGAAUGACGCGUGUUGAGAUUCCGCGUAGACUGAGUCAUCUGGCUCGCGACUCACAGGAAUUUCUCUGGGAUUUACUGCUACGAAAUGGUUGAACCAGUGGCGUCCAGACAGUGUGCAAACUAAAAUCCCCCAGUCUGGAGACGGGAGUCCUUCUCCAGGGGUCCGGCAUGGAGCGGCCAAAGAAACGUUCCCGCUUCCUGCUGUCUGCAGCCGGCGAGCUUUAUGAACUCUGAGUCCACCUGCUGCCGGGGUCCAGCGAUGUGGAUCUGCAUGGUUUACAACGAGACGGAAAGCAGCGUGGACUUCCGCCUGUGCCAGGACUUUGGCCUGAUCCUGUCCGUGCUGUCCCUGGUCUAUUUGCUGGUGUGCUUCCCCUUGGGCCUGUGCUACAACAUGCUACUGGUGGCCGUCAACCUCUCCAACAAGGUAUCCAUGACCAUGCCCGACGUCUACUUUGUCAACAUGGCCAUCGCCGGCCUGGUGCUUAACGCGGUGGUGCCCGUGGAGCUGCUGAGCUCCACCUUCACCCGCUGGCACGCGUGGGAGUACACCAACGAGGUGUACAUCACGCUGCUCAUCCUCUUCAACAUCUCCUCGCUGGUCAUCAUGUACUCCACCACGCUGCUCAGUCUGGACUAUUAUAUCGAGCGCGCCCUGCCCCGUACCUACAUGUCCAGCGUGUACAACACCAAGCACGUUUGCGGCUUCAUCUGGGGCGGCGCCGUGCUCACCAGCUUCUCCUCGCUGCUCUUCUACGUGUGCAACCACAUCUCCACCAAGAUGGCGGAGUGCUCCAAGAUGCAGAACAAGGAAGCGGCCGACGCCAUCAUGAUGUUCAUCGGCUACGUGGUGCCCGCCGUGGCCGUGCUGUACGCCUUCGCGCUCAUCCUGCGCAUCCGGAAGGAGUCCACGCCGCUGGACCAGGACUCGGCCCGCUUGGACCCUUCCAUCCACCGGCUGCUGCUGGCCUCCGUGUGCGUGCAGUUUGCGCUGUGGACUCCGUACUACGUGACGCUCCUGGUGCACACGGUGGCCGGCGCGCCGGGCUACGUGGGCGCCCCGCGCUACCUGCCCACCUACUAUUUCCUCCGUUGCGUGUCCAAGCUGCUGGCGUUCUCCAGCAGCUUCGCCAUGCCGCUCAUGUACCGCCAGAUGAACAAAAACUUCUCCAACAAGCUGCGACGACUGCUGGCCAGGCUGCAUUGCCGGGACCAGUCGUGUCCACACGAACGCUCCACAGUGCAGCAAGUGGUCACGUGAAGCUCCCCCGCCACAUUUUCCCUCUCACGCCCCCCCCCCCCCCCCCCCCCCCCCCCCCCCCCCCCUCCAGAGCCAGUAUCUCGCCGCCGCCACGCCCUCGCCGCUUUGGACUGCGUUAAAGCGCGACAUAGCAAACUGUGGAAUUUCCUGUCCCCUUCUGGAGCGCGAGCCGACGGAUCCAAGAAACCACUAAGUGCUGCCAUUUUGCGGGUGUGUGGGUGUGUGUGCGGGUGUGUGUUUGCGUGUGACCAAGGGAAGCUCUCCACUAAGUCACUUUGGCCCGCAUCAUCAGCUCUUAGCUCCUCACCAUUGCAGCGGCCUGACAUCCUGGCAAUGUGAUCAACACGCGAAUGUCACGGCACAUUCGAUAAGCUCUUCGAUAUCUCGCCGCUUGGAAUGCAACUACGAAACGGAGUCAGAGAAACAUCAGCUAGCUAUGUUCUCAACGCAGUAUGUAUCACAAGAGACGAGCUGCUUGGCCUUUCGAUGAACUCAAACUUCUUGUGGUUUUUUUUUCCUCAGCUGCCGGAAUUCCAUCGUUAUUGUGCCAGAAAAUGGCGUUAAGUUUUGGCAUCGGAAAUCAACGUUGGCAUCGUAGAAAAAGAUUUACAGGUCGUUCUGCUCCCUUCAAAUGCGUGAGCACCCUUUUCAAAUGUAGUUUUUAAGUGUUUGUCUGUAUUUGGCAACCUGGGGGGUCAAAUUUGUGGUUAGCUAGGAUAGGAUACGCGCUAUAGAAAAUGAAUGUAUAAUAUCUGUAUGGUAUACGGUAUGCUUUUUCCGCGCCAAAACUUUUUCUACAAUGCCAAAAAUUGUUUCAUUUGAAAUUGCAGUAUUUUGGAACAACGCAUUGUUACCUAGAAGUAGCUCCGCGAUCAGGAUGUUAUUUCAGAUUCCGUUUUGAGAAAUGCCUUCACGUGUAAAUAACCAGACCGCUUUGUUGUCGUUCGGGGUUCACACAUAACCGCGUUACCUCAUCACGCAGCAACUCAUCAAAUUUCCAGCAAGAAUUUGGCUCCCGUGUAAGUUCAUUAGCAUUUGUUUCCAUUAGCAUUUGCUACCCAGGCUGCUAAUUAAGAAAAGCAUAGAGUUGCUGACUUCUUAUUUUGAGUUGAGCACUUUUAUUGUUUGAUAGCGCAUGUAGAGAAAUGUGGCAAACGCAACUUGACUUUCGAGUGUAAAAAACAACUUUCGGCGAUUCCGCUGUUACAUCAAGACGGAGAAAAUUGUUUUGAAUUUGAUUUGGUUUUAUUCACUCGACCGGAUGGCAUCCAUUUAUAGAAACUCUAAUGUGCUCUUAUUGAUUAUCAAACACACAUAUGUCCCAUCGGUUAAUCAUUAGCUGCUCAAAGUCCAGUGUGGCUAUUCAUACAGUACAAUACACCUGACAUUUUGGCUGUCGGCCCAUUGAGUUAAACCUGAGCUCCUUCCCAAAAUUCCAACCGGAUCAUGAGAUCUGAUUACGUAAUGUUGUCAUAUCAACGACAUUUUGAACUUUUACAAAUUGCUGCAUGUUCAGGACGAAUUGAUUCGAGUCGAUUUUUUUUUUUACCCCCAGCAUGUUUCUACACCGCCACCUGCUGGACAAACACCAUCAUUUGGUAAUUCUGGCUGCAUUUGUGAUCAAGACUUGGCAUUGAUUUCAACUUGAACAGCCUCCAAGUUCUCAGUUAUAUCAUGCAAUGUUCAUACUUACAUACCUCAUACGGUCCAACUGAGUCCACUUAUGCCCCCCCCCACCCGCUGCGUAUGAGUGAAUAUGAUGCAAAAUGAAUGUGUAUAUAUUGUGAGUGAGAGACAUACUGUACUCUAGGGUGCUCUUCCAACAUGUAAGGUGAUUUUAUUGUACUCCCUCACCCCCCAGAGAUUUAUCUAGAUUCUCUAAGUAAUCUACUGUCAUCUGAGUCAAAGACUGAAUAAACCUUAAACUAAC